AUGGGUGCUACUGGAAAUUCCAAUCCAUCAAAGGGAGUUGAGGAAAAAAUCAAAGAAGAAAUGGGGAAUGAAGCAGAUGAAGAACUAUUUAAGGGGACCUGGGUGAAAAUAUCAAAGGGCAGCGAAGUGAAAAUUUCACAUAAGUUAGGGGUUCCAAUUGUUGAUAACUAUGGAUAUUUGGUUCGUGAAUUUAGUGCUAUGGAUGAUCUUAGCAUAGAUAAAUUGUAUCCUGUUGGUGUUCGAAAGCGAAAAAGUGGUAAAUUUGGUGCUGAAAUCAGACACCCAAUCGAAAAGAAGAAUAUUUGGCUGGGUACUUUUACCACUGUUGAUGAAGCUUCUGCAAAAUACAAAUCUAAGAAGCUUGAGUUUGAAGAAUUGAUGAUAGCUAAAAAUGCAAAAAAGGAUCAGAUUUCUGAAAAAUCUGAUAAAAAAACUUGUUCUGGUGAUGGAUCUAAACAGAAGUCAUCAAUGGUUGUUACUGUAAAUUCGAAUCCAUCAAAGGGAGUUGAGGAAAAAAUCAAAGAAGAAUUUGGGAAUGAAAUGGAUGAAGAACUAUUUGAAGGGACCUGGGUGAAAAUUUCAGAGGGCAACGAAGUGAAAAUUUCACAUAAGUUAGGUGUUCCAAUUGUUGAUAAUUAUGGAUAUUUGGUUCGUGAAUUUAGUGCUAUAGAUGAUCUUAGCAUAGAUAAGUAA